AUGUCGUCUCGAGACCGUGGGCAGACUCAGAUGGAGGCUGAUCUGAUGGACCUCGAAGCAUUUGGGCCCCCGACCCCGUCGAAAGGUGGCAGUGGUCUCAGUGCAACGCCGCGCAAGGGGAAGCAGUACGGGCCGUGCAUGGUCUGCGGGUUGCUGAAACCCGACAUGCCCUCGAACAGCAAGUUCUGCUGGGAUGACAAGAGGACGUUCGACGCGAUGAUGAAGCAAGCCAAGGACCAGGACAAGAAGAACGGCAACACCGAGGGUCAGGACAGGCUCAACAAGAUGAAGGACGAGGCUGGCGAUCCCCCCAGCGAUUUCAGCAACGCAGUCGUCGACUUCGCCACUCAGAGCCCAGCGACGGGGAGAGGCGUGAAGCGCACCGCGGUUGACAUGAUGCAGUUGUUGAGCAAAUACUCCGCCAAGACGCAGCUGCGCCAAGAGACCAAGAAGGUCAAGAUGCACAAGGCCCGAUGGAUGAAGUUGGCGACCGAGCAGUUCAUGUUCCCUGCUCACAUUGCCGAGGCGGAAUGGACCAAGGCAAAGAACGAGACGCCGCUCAAGCUGCAAGAUAAUCAGGGCCCUGAGGGCGAGUUGCGCUUGCCGAUGCCCGUCGAGGAGGCAAUCGUCGCAGCGAACAUCUCAGAGCACGAGAGGUCCAUGGUGUUGGAGUCGAAGAAGAGGAGGGUCACAGGCGAGCAGCAGGUGGAGGAGGGGCGAUCCAGCUUGGUCGAGGGCCACGCGAGCUUCAACGACUCGAUGUUCGACAACGUGGGAGGUGGUGCGUUCGCACACGGUGGCGGCUUUAUUUCGGGAUCGGGCUGUGGUUCUUUCAGCGGCUUCUCCGACGGCGCGAGCACGUCAUCCGCAGGAAUGGUCGUGAUCAACGCCAGCGCCGACAAAAAGCCGACACAGAAGCAAGAGAAGGCGUGGGACGAAAUCAAUCGCUUGAAGCUGCAAGAUUUCAUCAAGGAGAAGUCCAAGGACGGCGUUACCAAGAUCACGCAGGUCUUCUUAUCCUCGGAGAAGGCUUACAAUGAUACAGCGCAGCGCAUCUUCGGUGAUGGCGCCGUCGAGAAUCAGCUCAGGUAUGUGGACGUGAUGUUGAAUCGCAUGGACUUCUUGCGCUUCAUAUUUGUCCACCCGGGGAACGAGAACGAGGAGAGCUUCGGGCUGAUGGGAGUCCUCGACGGGGCAGGUAAGACCUCACUCCAGGCUGCGGUAAAGGCGCUGGCCGUGGUGGAUGCGGCGCUGGAGGCGACGCCAGACCCAGACCCAAACACGUUGAAGAUCGUUCCAGCGGCGGACGUGCUGAAUAAGAUCAAGUUGGCGCAGCAGGCCUUGGCAAGCACAUCAACAACAGGACAGUGCAAGUCGCUCUUCACGAAAGCCGGGUGGGACAACACCAACGCGAAGUUCGGAGAUGGCAGCGGCUUCACUCAGAUGGAGUUCCAUCGGUUUGCACGAAGCGUCCGCGAGGUGCGGUACCAACUCGAGACUACGCUGAAGGCCCACGACGAUCCGGGAGUGGGAAAGCUGGGUGAGGCCGUCGAUGCAGUGGACGAGGUCAUGAAGACUAAGACCUACACAGGGGCCAAGAUUGAAAAUAUUACAGCCAUCAUGAACAGCGACGGGAUGCAGGAGAUCGUGAAGCAGCCCUUCGUCCAGUCUGCGCUCAAGUCCAUGGGGUGGACCUCGGCCGAUGCAGAUGAUGGUGCCGUCAAGCUCGGUGGCCCGACUUCCCCCCUCUUCGAGAGCGGCAUAGUGCAAUUUAAGGAGUUGCUCAAGCUCUCGUUCUGCUCGCGCCUCAGCAAAUUCCGCUUGCUCUCUCUCAUCGCCGCGAAGAAAGAUCUGGGCGCGGCGAUGCCGAUCACCAACCCCGAGGACUUGCCCGUGUUCUAUCGGUUUAACGAGUUCGACAUGAUGGCCAAGUACGCCACAACGGAGGACCAGGGCCACGCCGUGAAGAAAGCAGUGACCGAUGCCACCGCCUUGAUUGCUAAGCUUACGAAGGUCUGCUGCGCUGGCAUCUCAGAGUGCCUGAACAACGUCUCAGGGUUUGACAAAAAGCAGGAGAAGGAGCGGGAGGCUUUGAGGAAGCAGGCGGAUGCCGAGGCACUGAAGAAAUCGAAGGAGGAGGAAAAGAGAGCAAGUGCCGCGGCCAAGAAGAAGGCUCAGGAGCGCCAGAACAUCAAGCAAGCCGAGGUGGCGCUGCUAAACCAAGUGCAUGAAGUGAUUGAGGACAUCCGUAAGUACGACACCGCGGCAGAUGUGAAGGACGCGCUUACCACGAAGAGCAUCGAUACCAAUGUGGGCAUCCCGUACAUCGUAAUGAAGCACGACUGCAUGUCCAAGAUCGUACAAGAACGCUCGGUCAAAGCGGCAGUGGGAGUCUUCAAGAUCCAAUACCCCAGCUCAGUGCAAGCCAGUAAAGAUGGCCGCGGGCAGACCCCGUUCACCAACGAGCAGAAGGACCACAUCCGCAAGGCCAUGCUCGAGACCGGACCAGGGGCGACGAUCAAGUACAAGUCCACCGGAGCGAACGACCCGAACACGCUGGCCGUGAAGGCAGUCGAGUCGGUCAGCUUGUUCGCGUGCUCGUCGGGGGCUUCGUAUACGGGCUUGGAGAAGCAUGGGCUUGCGACGAUGCGUUACACGAUCGCAGGCCAGCGCGAAUAUGCAGUGUUGUCGUGGACGGACCUGCUGGCCUACGCCACGAAAGUGGGCACGGAGAUGAAGGACUCCAGCACCAUCGAGGAGUUCACCCAGGGGAUCGUCAACUCUUUGAACUCCAAGGAAAGCCUCGACGUGUACAAAGAGGCUGGCGGGAAGAUCUACAGAGGCAUCGCUGGCCCAGAAUCCACUUCCUUCUUGCCGAUGGGGUGCAUCAUCGUUGAGCGCACGCUCGGCGAUUCCAAUGUCAUCGGCUUCCGCACAGGCUCGCUGUAUUCGUCCACGGCCCCCAUGGAGUCAUUCAAGUCCUACGCCGAGUGCUACAAGAACGUCCAUGGAGUUGAAAAUCCAGUGUCGAAGUUCUGGUCGAUGUUGCAGGGCAUGAUUGAGCCCAGUGCGUAG